GAAAUCUCGCGAUGGAAGGAGGAGGAGGAGGUGAGGUUGGCCGGGCAUGGCGGGCUCCUCGGGAGCUGGCGUAGAUGCAGGCGCGCCGUGGGGCUCAUGGUACACCCCUGGAAACACUUAAAGAAGAAGGUCAGCCAGGAUAUGUUCUUCCUACAAGUCUUGAAGCCAAUGGUUUGAAGAAGAACAGUUGGGGCUUCUUAAUUACUGGGAUUGUUGGUGGGACACUGGUGGCUGUGUAUGCUGUGGCCACUCCAUUUAUAACGCCGGCCCUCCGAAAAAUUUGCUUGCCUUUUGUACCCGCAACUACAAAGCAGAUCGAAAAUGUUGUGAAAAUGUUGCAAAGCAGAAGAGGACCUCUGGUGGACAUUGGCAGUGGCGACGGUCGGAUUGUGAUAGCAGCAGCAAAGGAAGGAUUCACAGCUGUUGGCUAUGAAUUAAACCCAUGGCUAGUUUGGUACUCCAGAUACCGUGCAUGGCGAGAAGGGGUACAGCACUUGGCCAAAUUUUAUAUUUCAGAUUUGUGGAAGGUUACUUUUUCGCAGUACUCAAAUGUCGUUAUUUUUGGGGUGCCUCAGAUGGUAGAUUGGCAGUACUGUAAGAUGAAAAGAGAAUUUUACAGUUUGUUAUGUUGACUAUCAAAAAAUCAAUUAUCAGUUUAUUUUUAAAACUAUAAGAUAUUAUAUUUCAAGUUGGUAGAGUAUGUAUUUUUAUAGUCUUAUCAUUCUAUAUUUCCUUGAAUCUAGAUGCUAUUGAUUUUAAGAUGCAUUUUUGCUAUUGAGAAAGAAAAAAAUAUUGCCAAUUAUAAUUCUAAGACAAUGUCAAUGGUAAGUUGUUGAAAAUGUGGGAAAAUAUGUUAAAUAGUAGAGACAGAGUAGAUUGAAAUGUUUAGAUAAAUAAUUUAAAUCUGCUUCUCAUUUUAAUGAUUGCCACAUCGUGAUUUUAGUUAGAAAACGAGAAAUCUGUGAUACAUAUCUGCUAAAAAUGACAUAUUUCAUAAUUGAUACUAGAAGAUGUCUUUAUAACUGUUGUCAAUGCGACUUCUGUUUUUUGAUGGAUUGUUUGAUAAUGUACUUCUGCCCUGAAGUGGUCUUUAUUGCAAUUAGAAGUUUUUGCACAGGUGUUUUCAGGGACUCGAAUACAGAAGGACAUUUGAGAAUCAAUAGUGACUGCCGUUCU